AUGCAGCAGCAGCAAACCCAGCAGCAGCAGCAGCAGCAGCAGCAGCAGCAGCAGCAGCAGCAGCAGACGCAGCACGAGAUCUUAACGGAGCUAUGGGGUGGAGCAGGCGGCCUGCAGGGGUAUCUCCCCCUCACAAAGCCGCUGCAGCAGCAGCAGCAGCAGCAGCAGCAGCAGCAGCAGCAACAUGAGGCCUCUGAAGACGACUACGAUGCUGAGCAAGAAGCAUUGGUGCGUCUGCUGGAGCAGCGUUUGAAGUACUAUACUCAGUUGGAUUUGCUGCAGCAGCAGCAGCAGCAGCAGCAGCAGGUGCUGCAGCAGCAGCAGCAGCAGCAGCAGCAGCAGCAGGGUUUAUUUUCUUUUUUAGGCACUAUAAAGAUGUAG